AUGUUAGAAGGAACAAAAAUACACACAUCUUCACAAAUGGGGAUUAUCUUUGAUAUUGCAAAGGACACAGUGCUCUUCCUUUUGUUGUCAUGUUAUUACAUCCUCGAAUCGCUCUUCUGGACCUUAGUACCAAAUGCUAUCAGGCCUAUGAAGAGCCUCAAAGGAGAUGUCAUAUUAGUUACGGGCGGUGGGGGCGGAGUUGGCCGCCAUCUUGCAAUUAAAUUGGCGCGGCUUGGAGCCAAAGUUGUCAUAUGGGAUAUCAACAAAGAAGCUUUACAAAAAACCUGUACAGCCCUUAUAGAAGAAGGCUAUGAAGUCGCAAGUUAUGUCGUCGAUCUCGCCGACCGCGCAUCAGUCUACGCCACGGCUGAAAAAGUAAAAAAAGAGGUAGGGAAGGUGGAUGUGCUGAUAAACAACGCAGGAACAGUCUUCGGUGAAACUCUGCUGGAACUAAGCGACACCGCCAUAGAAACAACGUACAAAGUCAACAUACUCUCCCAUUACUGGACUGUCAAAUCCUUCCUGCCUGACAUGAUCAAGUCGGGAAAAGGGCAUAUUGUGACGGUUGGUUCAGUGGCCGGACUGCUCGGCACGUACCGCUGCACAGACUAUAGUGGUACUAAGUUCGCCACCGUCGGAUUUCAUGAAAGUUUAUUUACUGAACUUAGGGCGCAUGGUCACAACUCCAUCCAUGCCACAUUGGUGUGCCCGUAUUACAUUAACACGGGUAUGUUCGAUGGCGUCACGCCACGCCUCAUGCCCAUGUUAGAGCCUGACUACGUAGCGGAGACUAUGAUAGAAUCCAUCAGGAAGAACGAGGUUAACUGCAUAAUGCCAGGUUCCGUUAGAUAUCUGCUACCGCUUAAGUGUCUACUUCCCGCCAAGAUGUGCUGGGAUCUAAUGCAUCGUGUCAUGAAAGGACCACAAUCCAUGAUGGACCUAAAAAGGAAGCCCAAAAUUGCUUAA